GAACUCUACCAGCAGACAUACUGUUAACCACCAGAAUAACAAUGGAACCAACAGUAAUUUUAGUAUCAACAACAACAAAAAUAAAGAGAUACCAAUAUGUUCUAAAUGUGAAAAACAAUUUUCCACAAAGUUUAAUCUAAACAAACAUGAAAAGAAAUGUGCUGGGCGUUUAGUGAAAAAAACGGAUAAUACCCUAUGUGGGAUAUGCAGGAAGCAAUUCACAAACUACAGAGGUCGACUCAAACAUGAAAAACUUUGUAGAAGCAAAAAUGAAAAGAAUCAAUCUGUCAAGGAGAAUAAAGGUUUUCAGUGUAAAACCUGUGGCGCGAUAUUCGCUUCCCAUGGACUUUUAGUAAAACAUGAAUUCAGUUUAAAGCAUAACCAAGCCGGGGGAAGUAGUACUGAGAAUAAAAGCUGUAUUAAUAACACUACUAAAAACGUAGAGAGUGAGACUAAUGGAAAACAGCGAACGUCCCAGAAUAGUCACGUUCAGCCUAAAUGUCGACGAUGUGACAAGUGCUUUACGGACUACAAAGAUUUGUACCGUCACAGAAUGUUAGUGCAUAAUCAACCGACUGCUUCGAAUUUACAACUUUAUCCUUGGGAUGAGAGGAAUGAAAGUCCUCCAUGGGAGAAUGCCGACGGGAGUAUAAAUGAUAGAAUGAAGCGGGUUUACAUAGAACAUAGACAUUUGAUUUUGGGAGAAAGGGUGAGAGAAGGUGAUGUGAGGAGUACAUACAAUUUUCCAGUUCCAAAUUUAAAUACAAUGGAACAGUUGGAAGAUCAAAUUAAUUAUAUUUUUGAAAGAAGUCAAACUGCUUUUAAAAUUAAUAUUUCAUUUGGACUCAUUUUACAGCAUGUUGAGUCGGAAGAAUACAGAUACUUUUCUGCGCAUUACACCGAUAAAAUAUUUUUAUUCCCACAGCUUAUUAAUAAUAGAAAAGACAUUGAAAUGUUACUUUUGCGGUUAUCUAAACUGGAUAUUCCUAAUUAUUUUCACAAACAAAAGCCAAAUUCAAAAUGGCGCCCGGUGUUCAUUUCAAAUGUACUAUAUAAUGUGAACAAUACGAGCUUUCCUCUCGGUUUAAGUCAACCAUUACCGAAAUAUAUCUUACACUCGAAGAGUAUAGUAUCCUUUCAGAAGAAUCCAUAUACCAAGAGAUUAUACGCGGAUAAUUUAUGCUUUUUUCGCUGUUUGUCUUAUCACAAAAUAAAGAAUAUUCAAUGCGAAACUUUAACUAAAGAAUUUCAUAAUACUUGGAUACAGUAUUGCUCCACAAAGAAAUUAAAACUGACAGACGUUACACUAAAUAGAAUGUGCGAUUUAGAGCAAUGUUUUGAAACAAAUAUAAAUGUUUAUGAACUUAGUGAAGAUAAGACUGUUCAGGUGCUAUACAGAUCCAGAGAAGUCUUCUCUGGUGAGACAAAUAAAACAAUGAAUUUAAAUCUAUUUGAAGACCAUCUCAGUUAUGUAUCAACAUUUUCAUCGUACGCCUUAAAAUUCCAAUGUAGAUUGUGUGACAAGCUAUUUAAUCGCAAAGAUAAUCUACUUCAACACCAGAAAACAUGUCAGAACGCAACAAAAUUAAGAUUCCGCGGUGGUUACUACACUCCACCGAAAUCUAUCUUCGAUCAACUAAAAGACCUUGGGGUUUGUGUGAAUACAUCUUUACAGAAUUAUCCUUGGUUUGUUACAUUUGAUUUCGAAGCCAUGCUUAAAACAGUUAGCGAAAAUUCGGAAGACAGACUUACCAAAACACAGCUUCACCAGCCAGUAUCGGUCAGUGUCUGCAGUAAUGUUGAUAGUUUUGAAAAUCCUUAGUUCUUACUUGAAUCC